AUGCCGCAAAUUGACUUAAAUAAUGUUUUGUGUGUAUCGUGUUUGUGUAUAGGAAGAAGAUUACAAAGACUAAGUGAAAGUUUAAAUAAGUUUUAUAUGGAUGCUCUAUACGAAAUACCGCUGUCCAAUGUAGACUGUAUAGAUCCAGUUGUGUGUUGGGAGUGUGAAGCAAUUUUAAAGAAAUGUCUCUCCUUCCGUGAGCAAGUAAAGGAUUCAUAUAGAAUUCUUCAAACUUACACAGUAGAGAACCUAAAUGAAUGUCUACUUAGUGAUGUGUCUCGUCCACCAAGAUUAAUUAUUCAUAGCAAUGAUUCAGUUAACAUAAACCCAUUCAACGAAGUUAAAGUUGAAUUUGAAACAGAGAUAUUAAAAACCGACACAGAUUACCAAUUAUCAGAUACAGAUGACAUAAACAAUGAUGAGAUACAGACAGUUUUGUGUGAUAUUAAAAAUGAAUUUGUGUCAACAGAAGAUGAGAAAGACAGUCUUACAAUGAAAAAUUUUGCUGACAUAAAAGAUGAAAAAACUGACUUUGAUUCACUAGUAGAAAAGAGAGAUAUGAAACAGAAUAACAAGAGAAAGUUAAACAGAGAAAGAGAUAAAGGGAGAAGCAAAAUUAAGGCUGAUUCAAACAAAUAUCCAACUUAUAAAACCUUACCGAGACAAGUUAUACAUAGAAAGGAUCAAGUUCAAAGAACACCAGAGCUUAAACCUCACAAGAAAAGGGUUCAAUGUGGCGAAUGUGAUAAAACAUUUAGUCAUCGUGCUGGUCUGAUGAAUCAUCGCAUAACGGUGCACGAAGCUCAAAAUGAAUUCCCAUGCAAAGUGUGCAAAAAGGUGUUCAGGUGGAAGACUAGUCUAAAACGACAUCUGGAGAAACAUGCGGCUAAUACUCAAACUCCUGAAGCAUUUUGUUCGCUAUGUGGUAUCGGGUUUGGGAGUGUAGCAUCACUACAGCGACAUCUUAGAAACAGUUUGAAACACGUGACGCCGGAUCAACUUAAAUUCAUAUGCGAUCAUUGUAAGCGUCGUUUCGCAGACAAAACGAAAUUGCGAGACCAUAUAGAAGACAAACAUUUACACAGAACAUAUAAAUGUUAUAUAUGUGAUAAGCCGUCAAAAAACCGGGUUGGAUUGGAACAACACAUCCGUAACGUGCAUAAGGGAAGACCAAAUAAUAAAAUGUGUCAUCAUUGUGGAAAGGGAUUUCCGGUGAGUCUUUUAUUUGUAAUACGGGGUGUGGGAUCCGGCCAUAGAAACUGUUGGCUGAAAAGUUCGAAGAAAAACUUUUGUUUUUUAUAG